AUGGCUACACACUUCAAAAAAGACCGCUCUGGCAGGAGGCGUGGAGGAGGAGUUGUCAUCUAUUUGAAGUCAUCUAUCUCAUCUCAAAUUCACAUCGUUUCGCCUCAUGCUAUCAAUGAUGCACUGAAAACCCUUUGUCUCAAGUGCUUUAUUGACAGUGAACCAUACUUCAUCUGCGCCAUUUAUCAUCCACCUAAUCAUCCAUCAUACGAAGUCUCCACCUUGAUGGGUUACAUCGAUGAACUCUCUAACACUGCGUUGGGGAGCGGCUCAAAACUCAUCAUUGUGGGUGACUUCAAUCAACUCGACCAUCAUUCCAUCCUUCAAAAAGGUCUACAUCCUAUAUUCUUGGGUCCCACCCACCAAGGCUUUCAGACAUUUUACGCACUCAAAAUACUCCUCCCACAUGGUCUCAGAGGCUUCAAAUUAUUCGACAUCACUGAAUCACUCUUAAUCUCAAACAUCAAAUAUGCAGCUCUCCCCUGGUCUGGUUUUGCUACACAACUUCAGCAACUACAAUCUCUCAUCAAAAAACUAAUCCGCUUCGACUAUCUACCUGCAUCAUAUCUUACCGUCACUCAGAUAUUCAACACACUCGAUUCAAAAAUAACAACAACCACGUCAUCCAUCUUUUUCUACCACCAAUUAAAACUACAACACACAACUUUCGUCAACGCAAACAUAACUAUCAACUCGCCACCCAAUCUACAUAUCAGGAAGAGACCUUCAUCACAGGACACCCUCAAACAUAUACACAUUCAAUAA